AUGGCUUCCAAGCCUAUUCUCCUGGUCCUAGGUGCAGGACCCAAUAUCGGAAUCCACGUCUCGAAAUUUUUCGCAGGCCGGGGCUACAAAGUUGCUUUGGCGUCAAGAAGCAAACCGAGUUUUGAUGGUGGUCAGGAGCUCCAUAUACCAGUUGACUUGAGUAAUCCAGAGAACGUUCCUGGUGUGUUUGAAGCAGUCAGGGCAAAGUUUGGGGAAUCCCCAAGCGUCGUUGUGUACAAUUGUGCUUCACACGUCGACGACAACAUGCAUGAUCCUUUAUCAAGCUUUUCGUUGAGCGAGUAUGUGAAGCAUCAGAAUAUCAACACUAAUUCAGUGCUGGUCGUGCUCCAGGAGGCGGUCUCAGGAUUCCGCAGUUUGUCCGACCCAGAUGCGGCAAAGACAUUUAUCUACACUGGAAACAUCUUGAACGUGAUUACGAUCCCUGGACGAUUGACUUUUGGACUGGGAAAGAGUGGAACUGCGUACGCUAUCAGAACACUAGUUGAAGGAAAUGUUUACUCUGAGGAGGGAAUUUGCUUCUAUUACACCGAUGAACGUACCGUAGAUGGUCUACCGGUCUACAGUGAAAUCGAUGGUGAGACCGCAGCAGAAGAAUAUUUUAGGCUCGCCGAAAUGAGAGAGCAAGGGCCAUGGCUUUUUAAUUAUGUUAAAGGAUUAGGCUUCAGAAGUUUUGAAGGAAUGGAGGAUGUUAUUCGAAGCACAGUGAUUUCAGGCCGCAAUCUAGCAGCUAAUAGCAGUGCCUAG